AAAAGUGCGGCAACCGAGCAUGUGUCAGUUGAGAGAAAUCAGCUGUGCUGUGAGAUAGGUUGCUGUGUAUCUUUGGGGCGGUAGUUGGAUAUUUAUCGAGUUACAAGUGUUCCUUCCAAUUUGAAAUGAGUGCACAAGAAGUAUAUAUUGUCUCUGCAGCCCGGACGCCAAUUGGUUCCUUUAAUGGCGUUUUUGCGAAGACAUCCGCUGCCGAUUUGGGGGCGAUAGUUGUAAAGGAAGUUUGUAAACGAGCAAAUAUCGCUUCUGAAGAUGUGUCUGAAGUAAUUUUUGGACAAACUCUCACAGCAGGUUGUGGGCAGAAUCCUGUGAGGCAAGCUUCUAUGAAAGCUGGAAUACCAAAAGAAGUCCCUGCCUUUGGUGUCAACAUGCUCUGCGGAUCGGGUUUGAAAUCCGUAGCAUUGGGUUACCAAUCAAUCCGUUCCGGCGACUCAACGAUUGUUAUCUGCGGAGGCCAAGAAAAUAUGACAAUGGCACCCCAUGUAAUGAAUCUCCGUCAAGGUACAAAGAUGGGACCAGCUACCAUGGUCGAUUCAAUGGUUCAUGACGGUCUCACUGAUGCAAUGGAAAACAUCCAUAUGGGCAUAACAGCAGAGAAUCUGGCAAAAAAGUACAAUAUUUCGCGCGAAGAACAAGACAAGUAUGCCACUCGAUCUCAAAACUUAACAGAAACUGCACAGAAAAACGGUUAUUUUGAUAAAGAAAUUGUACCUGUAGAAAUUCCCGAUCGUAAAGGUCCCAUUAUUGUGAAUAAAGAUGAAUUUCCAAAGCAUGGUACUACGGUUGAAGCUUUGUCGAAAAUGCGGCCGUGCUUUAUCAAGGAUGGGACAGUAACACCAGGAAAUGCAUCAGGGAUAAACGACUCAGCGUCUGCUGUAUUAUUGAUGUCAGGGGACGAAGUGGCAAAGCGGUCAGUUAAACCGCUCGCUAAGAUUGUAGGUUGGAGUCAGGCAGGAUGUGAGCCGGAAUUGAUGGGUAUUGGACCAGUUGGGGCAGUGCAAAACUUGCUUAAAAAACUUUCUUGGAACAAAGACGAAGUUGAUCUUUACGAAUUGAAUGAAGCCUUUGCUGCUCAAGCGUUAAGCGUCAAUAAAUGCCUGGAAUUGAAUUUGGACAAAGUGAACAUCCACGGGGGAGCUAUUGCUUUGGGUCAUCCUAUAGGUGCCUCAGGAAAUCGAGUAUUAGUAACACUCUUAUAUGCGUUGAUGAGAACGGGCGGUAAGAAAGGCAUUGCAUCUUUGUGCAUUGGAGGUGGCAUGGGUAUUGCCUUAGCUGUGGAAAUGCUUUAAGAGGAAAUGGGUAGUAAGAAGUAUUUUGUACUGACUAUUACAAAAGUGUAUUAUUCGUGUAUAGAUGAAUUUAUAGACGAAAGUAUGGUAGUUGUAAAGUCUCCUUGUUAUAUUGAAUAAAGAGUUUAUAUUUAUUUAUUGUA